AUGGGGGAAGAUGUGCUAAAAGCAGUCCAGAGUGGUAAACCAUCGGUUCAUUUGCAUCAAAUUAGUUUUGCUAAUAUCAAGGAUAUCACGGAAGAAUUUAUUUCUCCUCGUCCGAAACUUUUUGCUUGUCUAGUAGAGAAAAGACCUAUAUCUCUUUAUCAAUUGGCCAAAUUAUUAAAUCGUGAUUACGCGAAUGUUUACAAAGAUGUUAAAUCCUUGGUGGCUAUGGGAAUCGUUGAGUUAAAAAAAGAAGGAGAACGAAUUAGACCGGUUCCUUUAUAUGACCAAAUAAUUUUUGAUUUUCAA